GUCACCAACUAUCAGCCAUCAUAUCAACACACUACAACCCUCGAUACUACUUCUUGUGGCAAUUGGAUUAUGCUGGUUUCUAGCUUCUCGUCUUCUUUCUGCGCUCCAUACUACUGUUAUACCUGAGUGUACCUAGUGUCUGCUCUUCAAACUUGUCGAAUACCACAGACGCAUAUAAUACUCUCUUGAAGACGGAUCAAUUGCAACUCACAAGUCAUGCCUGGCCGUCUUCUUUCCAACCUCAUUCGCCCCUCCUAUUCUCUUCACUCCUCCAGCUCCUCCUCACGUUCCAAUUCUUCAUCUUCAUCUUCCGUCAAUGAAAUCCCUCACAGCUCGACAAACCAUCACACCCUCUCCAUCCUCCCUAAGAAACCUAACGUGUUCAAGCAUCACCAUGACCGUGCGAGGUCUCCAGAGCGUCGUCUGUCCGUCGCGAUGGAUCAAUUGAUCCACCCUCACCGGGACCACAGCAAGGAUAAACGCCGCAGUCUGGGCCGCUCCAAGGAACGGACCAGCAGGGAGGAUGCUCUGGCUGCGUCUGCCAAAUUGGAUGUGAUGGUGGAGUCGCCUCCUUUGGUCUGCUACGGAACCCCUGCAAACUCCACUGGUGCUUUGUUCUCCGGUCGUCUGCGGGUUGAAGUGACAGACGCAGUGGGUGUUGUCAACUUGGAGAGCUUGGAUAUGCGUCUAAUGUCCAAGGCCUCCACCAAGAAGCCGGUUUCGCGAGACUGUCAGUCAUGCCUGUCUCGUACGGAAGAACUGACCCACUGGAAUUUCCUUACCGAGCCUUUGCACCUCACGCCUGGAACCCAUGAGUUCCCUUUUAGCUACCUGUUUCCCGGCCACCUUCCUGCUUCUUCCAACGGUUCAUUGGGCCAGAUCGAAUAUUUCCUCUCAGCUCGCGCACACAGUACCACUGGCGAGAAUUUCACCUUCAAGAUGCCCUUGCACAUCAAGCGUGCACUUAUCCCAGGGAACGACAAGGCGUCGAUUCGCGUUUUUCCCCCUACCAACCUCACUGGCCGCGUCGUGCUCCCCUCGGUCGUUCACCCCAUUGGCACCUUUCCCGUCGAAAUGACACUCAGUGGAGUCGUUGAGAAGGGUGAGGAAACGCAGACCCGCUGGCGGUUGCGGAAAAUGAUGUGGCGGAUCGAAGAGCAUCAGAAGCUUGUGUCCGUUGCCUGUGCCAGGCAUGCCCACAAAAUCGGUGGUGAAGGAAAGGGGGUCUUGCAUCAGGAGACACGGGUUAUCGGUCAUAACGAAGAGAAGAGUGGCUGGAAAACUGAUUUCGAUACCGCGGGCGGCGAGAUCAGAAUGCAAUUCGAAGCCAACAUCAACCCGACAUGCAACCCGGUUUGCGACUUGGAAGCUCCUGGUGGCCUGGAGGCGAAGCACAACCUGGUGAUUGAAUUGAUUGUCGCCGAGGAAUUCUGUUCUAACCGAAACGCUCGCCUUAUGACGCCAACUGGCGCAGCACGUGUGCUUCGCAUGCAGUUCAACCUCAAUGUCACCGAACGAUGCGGUUUGGGUAUCAGCUGGGACGAGGAAAUGCCACCUGUCUACGAGGAUGUCCCUGCCAGUCCGCCCGGUUACACCAAGAUCGACCACGAGAGCACUAUGGAAGAUUAUCAAGGAUCCCCUCUUCCGUUACCCGAGUACGAAGAUCUGGAGCAAAUGGAAAACCUCCGGCUGGACAGCGACUCGACCUAUUCUACGCAUGAACAAGCUCGUUUGACCAACGAUGACCUGAUGAUGACACCGGAAGAGACUGGGAGCAACAACCGCGACAUCUCCACGGAAUCCAGACCCUCUCAAUAAGCUACUUUGACGGUGGUCCUACUAUUUCCGAUUUACGCUUUUCAACAAUGUUUUUCUGUUUCAUUAUGAUGACACGAGACCAUGAAUCAACCCACGAAACAAAAGAUAAAACGCUCUCAGACUUCGUUUCAACAUCGUUAUUUAUCGAGACCAGAGUCGAAAAUGACCUGGUCGAAAAGUUUCUGCUUUUGAAUUUAGACGUGUUUCCCAAGGAAUCUCUUCUCUGCGACGCAAGGAAGACAAUGGUUGGAUUGGCCAUUUGGGGACUUUUUUUUUUUUUUUUUUUUUUUCUUUU